CGUCGUCGCGCAACCCACUGCGUCUUCACUCUGCACUGCACCGUGCCGCGUCCGCGUCCGUCCCUGACACCUGCCGUGCAGCUGCAACCACUGCACUCUGCAGCAGGGCCCCGCGCCCCGCGCCCCGCGCCACGGCGCUUAGGACGCCGUGGUAUCAGUAGCAUUGGUGCGACGACCGCGAGUCGGCGCGCCGGCGCGCCCCACCACGAGCCCCUCGCGCGCGUGCACCGUGCCCGUCCCGCGCGGGCGUAUCUUUGCACUUGCAUUCGAAUUAUCAUGAGAGUGCUCCGCGGGGUGAAACAGCAGAAGCGGCUGAAGGGGAUAAAGCUGGAACUUUUGCAAUGGUUGGUGGCGCUCCUCAAACCUUUCCGGGAUGAGACGACGGAACUGAAAGCAAACCACUACCCCACACUUCCGCUGGUUCUCCCGACGUCAGUUGCUCUGCAGGAGCACUGUCAGCCCCAGCUGCUGGACAACGUCGCGCAGGAGGCCAUGCGCAAAAGGGCGCUGAAAAUCUUGUGCGACACGCUCAAGCCAACGCUCAAGCAGAAGGUGGCAACCUUCCUCGUGCCUGUGUACCGCCACCUCGUUAUGAUCGAAGAUGAAGAUGAGCGGAAAAAGAUUUUUGAUAACGUCAGGACAAAAAUUAACGGGCAGGAAGCUACCGCGGCCGCGGAGGAUGAGCCUGACCACCAGCAAGAGCCAGAGCCAGAUCCACAGCCACCCCGCAAACGUCUGCGGCGCAUUGGGGCAAAUUUCCAAAAGUGGAAGGUGUCCGGUACCGCCACUAAACCGGACGAGGUUUCCGCCUACUUACAGGAUGCGCCCGACGUGGACAUCGAAGAUGUGUUCCCAUAGUGGAAGGCAGAGGCACAUCCCGUCACAGGGCGCUAUCCCAAACUUGCUAAGUUAGCGCACCAGGAACUGGGGAAACCUGCUACCAGUGCAGGUAGCGAACGUGGGUUCAGCCGAGCAGGUUUUCUCAUUCAGGCCCGCAGAAACCGCUUGUCACCUAAAACUAUUGAUAAUAUACUCUUCUUGAAUAGUUAUCUUAGAAAUAAGAUGAUGAACAGAAAAUAAAAUAAGUAAUUCCUAA